CAUCAACCCGGUGGCAGCCAUAUUGUGUACUUCGGGAGGUUUGGUCUGAAGAACUAAGCCACCGGUCAACCGGCAAGAUAAACGAGUUGGCCACAAACGGUCAUAGGCAAGGUUCUGUGAAAGGCAAGAGGACGUCAACAUGGCGCAGAUAUUGCCUAUUCGUUUUCAGGAGCAUUUGCAGCUCCAAAAUGUUGGAAUCAAUGCAGCCAACAUUGGCUUCAGCACCCUCACAAUGGAAUCUGACAAAUUCAUAUGUGUACGUGAGAAAGUGGGAGACUCCAACCAGGUGGUCAUUAUAGACAUGAAUGACCCAACCAACCCAGUGAGAAGACCAAUCUCGGCUGACUCGGCUAUCAUGAACCCAGCCAGUAAAGUUAUUGCUCUGAAAGCUGGAAAGACAUUACAAAUUUUCAACAUUGAGAUGAAAAGCAAGAUGAAGGCUCACACCAUGCAGGAUGAGGUACAGUUCUGGAAGUGGAUUUCUGUGAACACUGUAGCCUUGGUGACAGAUACAGCUGUCUAUCAUUGGAGCAUGGAAGGAGACUCUCAGCCUCAGAAAAUUUUUGACCGUCAUUCCAGUCUCUCUGGCUGUCAGAUCAUUAACUAUAGGGUAGAUGCAAAGCAACAGUGGCUCCUGGUCAUAGGGAUAUCAGCACAGCAAAAUAGAGUAGUGGGAGCCAUGCAGCUGUAUUCAGUGGAGAGAAAAGUGAGUCAGCCAAUUGAAGGUCAUGCUGCGGCCUUUUCGCAGUUCAAGAUGGAGGGAAAUUCCCAGCCUUCCACCCUGUUCUGUUUCGCUGUGCGUGGCGCUCAAGGAGGAAAGUUACACAUAAUCGAGGUUGGAGCCGCCCCUCAAGGAAACACCCCAUUCCAGAAGAAGGCUGUGGAUGUAUUCUUCCCACCAGAGGCCCAGAAUGACUUUCCUGUGGCCAUGCAGGCAAGUUCAAAGCACGAUGUGAUUUACCUGAUAACAAAGUACGGCUAUAUCCACCUGUAUGACCUGGAGACGGGCAUCUGUGUGUAUAUGAACAGGAUUAGUGGAGAGACCAUCUUUGUGACGGCUCCUCACGAGCCCACGGCCGGCAUCAUCGGGGUCAAUAGGAAAGGCCAGGUGUUGUCAGUAAGUGUGGAGGAAGAGAACAUUGUUCCAUACAUCACCAACACUCUGCAAAACCCAGACCUGGCUCUCAGAAUGGCGUCGCGCAACAACUUACCUGGGGCUGAGGAUCUGUUUGUGAGGAAGUUUAACAACCUCUUCCAGGCUGGCAACUAUGCUGAUGCGGCCAAAGUUGCUGCCAGUGCUCCCAAGGGCAUCCUGCGUACCCCUCAGACCAUCCAGAGAUUUCAGAUGUUGCCAGCCCAAGCUGGUCAGACGUCUCCUUUGCUCCAAUACUUUGGCAUUCUCCUGGACAAGGGUCAGCUGAACAAAUACGAGUCCCUGGAGUUGUGCAGACCUGUCCUACAACAAGGACGCAAGCAACUCCUAGAGAAGUGGCUCAAGGAAGACAAGCUGGAGUGCAGUGAGGAACUAGGAGACUUGGUCAAACCAACAGAUCCCACACUAGCUCUGUCAGUCUACCUCCGUGCUAAUGUGCCCAACAAGGUCAUCCAGUGUUUUGCCGAGACUGGUCAGUUCAACAAGAUAGUGCUGUAUGCCAAGAAGGUGGGCUUCACCCCUGACUUUGUGUUCCUGCUGAGGAAUAUCAUGAGAAUGAACCCAGAGCAAGGUCUGCAGUUUGCUCAGAUGCUGGUACAAGAUGAUGAGCCACUUGCUGAUCUCAACCAGAUAGUGGAUGUGUUUAUGGAAUUCAACCUGAUCCAGCAGUGUACCAGUUUCCUGCUCGAUGCUCUGAAGAACAACCGACCAGCUGAAGCCCCUCUACAGACCAGGCUGCUGGAGAUGAACCUUAUGUCUGCUCCACAGGUUGCUGACGCUAUCCUAGGAAAUCAAAUGUUCACUCACUAUGACCGUGCCCACAUUGCCCAGCUUUGUGAGAAGGCAGGAUUGCUGCAGAGAGCCUUGGAGCAUUACACAGACCUGUAUGACAUCAAGAGAGCUGUUGUUCACACACACCUACUCAACCCUGAGUGGCUUGUGAACUACUUUGGCUCACUGUCAGUGGAGGACUCUCUGGAGUGUCUGAAAGCCAUGUUACAGGCCAACAUCCGACAGAACCUACAGGUGUGCGUACAGAUUGCCACCAAAUACCACGAGCAGCUGGGCACACAGGCACUCAUUGAUAUCUUUGAGUCGUUCAAGUCUUUUGAAGGUUUGUUCUACUUCUUGGGUUCCAUUGUGAACUUCAGUCAAGAUGCAGAUGUUCAUUUCAAAUACAUCCAGGCAGCUUGUAAGACAGGUCAGAUCAAGGAAGUGGAGAGGAUUUGCCGGGAAAGUAACUGCUAUGACCCAGAGAGAGUUAAGAACUUCCUCAAGGAAGCCAAGCUGACAGACCAACUGCCGUUGAUCAUUGUGUGUGACCGAUUUGAUUUUGUACAUGACCUGGUUCUUUACUUGUACAGAAACAGCCUUCAGAAGUACAUAGAGAUCUAUGUACAGAAGGUGAACCCUGCUCGCUUGCCGGUGGUGGUUGGAGGCCUGCUAGAUGUAGACUGUGCUGAGGAUGUGAUUAAACAGCUGAUCAUGGUGGUCAAGGGACAGUUCAAUACAGAUGAACUUGUUGAGGAGGUGGAAAAGAGAAACAGGUUGAAGCUGCUCUUACCCUGGCUAGAGAUGAGGAUCCAUGAAGGUGUGAACGAACCAGCUACUCACAAUGCUCUUGCCAAAAUUUACAUCGACAGCAACAACAACCCAGAGAGAUUCCUGAGGGAGAACCAGUUCUACGACAGCCGCACUGUGGGGAAAUACUGUGAGAAGAGAGAUCCUCACCUGGCCUGUGUGGCCUAUGAGAGGGGACAGUGUGACCAGGAACUCAUCAAUGUGUGCAAUGAAAACUCGCUGUUCAAGUCUGAGGCACGUUACCUGGUGCGUCGCCGUGACCCAGACCUGUGGGCGAUGGUGCUGGGAGAUGAUAAUGAGUAUAAGAGACAGCUGAUUGACCAGGUUGUCCAGACUGCCCUGUCAGAGACACAGGACCCAGAAGACAUUUCCGUGACAGUGAAGGCCUUCAUGACUGCAGACCUACCCAAUGAAUUGAUAGAACUGCUGGAGAAGAUUGUUCUCGAGAACUCUGUCUUCAGCGAUCACAGGAACUUACAGAACUUGUUGAUCUUGACCGCUAUCAAGGCUGACCGUACCCGGGUGAUGGAGUACAUCAACAGACUGGACAACUACGAUGCUCCCGACAUCGCAAACAUUGCCAUUAGUAACGAGCUGUAUGAAGAGGCAUUUGCCAUCUUCAGGAAGUUUGAGGUCAACACAUCAGCUAUCCAGGUGUUGAUAGAACAUGUGGGUAACCUGGACAGAGCCUACGAGUUUGCAGAGCGCUGCAAUGACCCAGCUGUAUGGAGUCAACUGGGAAAGGCUCAGCUGAACGGUGGACUCGUCAAAGAGGCCAUCGACUCAUUCAUCAAGGCCGAUGAUCCCUCACAGUACAUGGAGGUGGUCAGUGUGGCAUCCAACAGCAACAACUGGGAAGACUUGGUGAAAUACCUCCAAAUGGCCCGGAAGAAGGCCAGAGAAACAUUUAUAGAGACAGAACUUGUGUACGCAUAUGCUAAGACAAAUAGGCUGGCUGAUUUAGAGGAAUUCAUUUCGGGUCCGAAUCAUGCAAACAUUACUCAGGUUGCAGACAGAUGCUUCGAUGACAAGAUGUUUGAGGCCGCCCGACUCCUGUACAACAACGUCUCAAACUAUGCCCGCUUGGCCAUCACUCUAGUCCACCUGGGAGAAUACCAGGCCGCAGUUGACUCCGCCAGGAAGGCCAAUAGCACAAAAACCUGGAAGGAGGUGUGCUUUGCAUGUGUGGAUAAUGAGGAGUUUCGUCUGGCCCAGAUGUGUGGCCUUCACAUUGUGGUUCAUGCUGACGAGUUAGAGGAGCUCAUCAACUAUUACCAAGACAGGGGAUACUUUGAAGAACUUAUCCAACUUUUAGAGGCUGCAUUAGGUUUGGAGAGGGCACACAUGGGCAUGUUUACAGAAUUAGCUAUUCUAUAUUCCAAGUAUAAACCCGAGAAGAUGAGAGAACAUCUGGAGCUCUUUUGGUCAAGAGUCAACAUUCCAAAGGUGCUGCGUGCAGCAGAGCAAGCUCACCUAUGGAUGGAGCUGGUGUUCCUGUAUGACAAGUACGAGGAGUUUGACAAUGCCAUCCUCACCAUGAUGAGUCACCCAACAGAGGCAUGGAGAGAGAACCAGUUCAAGGACAUCAUCACCAAAGUGGCCAACAUUGAGCUCUACUACAAGGCCCUCCAGUUCUACCUGGACUUCAAACCUCUGCUCAUUAACGAGCUCCUGUUAGUACUCACCCCACGCCUGGACCACACCCGUGCAGUCAAUUAUUUCACAAAGGUGAAACAGAUCUCCUUGGUGAAACCAUACCUGAGGGCGGUGCAAAAGAACAACAACAAGGCCAUCAACGAGGCCCUCAACUCGCUGUUGAUCGAGGAGGAGGACUAUCAGGGACUCCGUGCAUCAAUCGACGCAUAUGACAACUUUGACAACAUAGCCUUGGCACAGAGCCUAGAAAAACAUGAGCUGUUAGAAUUCCGACGCAUUGCAGCAUACCUGUAUAAAGGUAACAACAGGUGGAAGCAGUCUGUGGACCUGUGUAAAAAAGAUAAAUUAUAUAAGGAUGCUAUGCAGUAUGCGGGCGAGUCUCGGAACAUCGAUAUUGCUGAGGACCUGAUAGCAUGGUUCCUGGAACAGAAGAACUUUGAGUGUUUCGCAGCCUGUUUAUUCCAGUGUUACGACCUCCUCCGACCAGAUGUCAUCUUGGAGUUAGCUUGGCGACAUAAUAUCAUGGAUUUUGCUAUGCCAUACAUGAUCCAAGUUAUGAGAGAAUAUAUUUCAAAGGUUGAUAAGUUAGAACAGUCAGAAGCUGUUAGAAGCGAAGAAGAGCAGAAAGCAGAAGAGAGACCUUUAGUAUUUAAUGAACCACAGUUAAUGUUAACAGCAGGGCCUGCAGGUGUUAUGCCCCCUCCCCCUGGAGCCUAUGCCCCUGGGUACGGCCCUGGAAUGCCCCCAGGUGCAGGUGCCAUGCCUGGCUACGGCUUUGGCAUGUAACUUUGUCUGCGAGGAACUGACCCACCUGUGAAGAGGGGAGAGAGGAGAGAGCUCAACUACAGAAACUCGUUCAGCUGAGGGACAUUUUGAUAGAGAAGCCUGUAUAAGGCCUAGUAUGAUGUAUAGGUUAAAGAGUUCCCCUAGCCUACUACUUCAGUGUGUACGUGACUGUCUGUGUAUGAUAGCAGGAACACUAGAUGGACUGGUAUGAUUGGAUACCAGUCACUGAGGCACUUUAUCUGUGUAUCUGUGGUAACACAAAAGUUCACAGAGUUGAUGUGGUACUGUAAUGUAAGUUCAAGUUUGUCAGUCAGGGAGAUUUGUGUGUACAUUUGGAAGAGUUGUAUAGCAAUUACUGGCCGGCCUCUCAAUCCGACCCUGACGAGAUGUAUAGAGAAUUCUGAGGGUUGAGAGAGUGUGAUGGAAGAAGUGUGACAUGAUCGACCUCCGCUGACCAGCUCCUUAAUGGCACACCCUAUUGACAGGAGGCUCUGUUAAUGUGCUGGCAGGGGUAGGGAUGCUGCUCACUGGUGUUUUCUCUUGUAAAGUAACAGAAUUCAAUACAGGCUAUAUGGUGGACCAAUUUGUAGUAGCAGGUGUUUUGUGAGGCUUGGCAAACUUCUGUUCAGCUCCUCUACAAAUUCAGGGGAGAUAAGUGUGAUGGGUGAAGGGAAGAAAACCUGAGUGGUGCAGAAUAAAGCCCAAGUGGCAUCGAAACACUGCUGCCACGUAGACGGGAAUCUUGGGUGGGUAGAAAUUUAAUGGACAGGAGUCUUAAUUAUUUAUUUGGUUACCCAUUUUGCUUGUACAUACUAAAGCGGUUGGCAUUAAGAUUUACCUACUGCUUAGAAAUCCCCCAACCAGGCUGUUUGUCACUGACGGAGGGAUUGGCGACCAACAGUUCACAAGUGCUUAGCUUUUCCUUAUCCUUGCCUUCACACCAGGCUGUGGUGUGCUCAGUUAGCCUCCUUAAAUUUUCUGCUUCAGUGCAUAUGUACCCUGUAAGCAAAUGAUAGGUUGAUUGGAGCUCGACAGAUUAUACCUGCUUCAUUUCCAAUUUUUAAAUUGUCAUCAUGUAAAUUACUUGAAGUUUGGAAGUUAAAUUCUAUUUGAGUAUUAUUUAAGCCCUCUUACAGUAUGUAUGUUCAUAUCACUCAGUACCCGUAUGGCAGACUGGAACAUUUAAGACUGGUUCCUGAUUGAAAAAAAAAAUAUGUAACAAGGGAUAGUGCAUCAUUUGCUAAUACCAUCUGUAGCUUAACUCAACUUAUUAGGGGUGUACAGGACUGCAUGUGGACAGUCUAGCUUUCUUUAUGGUGCAGCUCCAUCCUCAACAUUUGUCCCCAGUCAUUUAGGGGUCUUCCUUAAAAAAACUCGUAACCAGAAAGAUAGUGUAAUCAAGAAUCAAAGCAGUCCUAUCCUUAGUUGGUAAAUUAAGUUGUUAAAUUUGAAGCGAAAGGAUGGAAACUUUGAAUUUUGUGGGGUUUUUUUUUACGGAUGACCCCUGAAACUGCACUAAUGUCGAGGUAACUGCCGUUAUAAAUAGAUAUACGUAUUACAAAUCUACAUAUACAUACAUAUAUAUAU